CCGGGGCUGGGGCCGGCGGCGGCGGGGCCCGGCCAUGGCCCACCUGGAGACGCAGUACCAGCGGCUGGAGAGCUCCUCUACCGAAUCCCCGCCCGGCGGCGGCGAUCUCCUUGUGCACGUCCCGGAGGGCGCUAAGUCUCCCUGGCACCACAUAGAGAACCUAGACCUCUUCUUCUCUCGGGUCUAUAAUUUGCAUCAGAAGAAUGGCUUCACCUGCAUGCUCAUCGGAGAGAUCUUUGAGCUCAUGCAGUUCAUCUUCGUGGUGGCGUUUACCACCUUUCUUAUUAGCUGCGUUGAUUACGAUAUCCUUUUUGCCAACAAAGCGGUAAAUCACAGCCAGCAUCCCAGUGAGCCCAUAAAAGUGACUCUACCAGAUGCUUUCCUGCCUCCUAAUGUCUGCAGUGCAAGAAUCCAGGCAAACAGCUUCCUCAUCUGCAUCCUGGUGAUAGCUGGGGUUUUCUGGAUUCACAGACUUGUCAAAUUUAUCUACAACAUUUGUUGCUACUGGGAGAUUCACUCUUUCUACAUCAAUGCCCUCCGAAUCCCCAUGUCCAACUUGCCCUACUACACCUGGCAGGAGGUACAGGCCCGCAUCGUGCAGAUCCAGAAAGAGCACCAGAUCUGUAUCCACAAGAAGGAACUGACAGAGCUGGACAUCUACCACCGCAUCCUCCGCUUCAAGAACUACAUGGUGGCCAUGGUGAACAAGUCACUGCUGCCCAUCCGCUUCCGCCUGCCCCUGCUGGGAGACACCGUUUUCUACACGCGUGGGCUUAAGUAUAACUUUGAGCUCAUCUUCUUCUGGGGGCCUGGCUCACUCUUUGAGAACGAGUGGAGCCUGAAGGCUGAAUAUAAGCGGGCUGGGAAUCGCCUGGAGCUGGCUGAGAAGCUCAGCACUCGCAUCCUUUGGAUUGGCAUCGCCAACUUCCUCCUCUGCCCCCUCAUCCUCAUCUGGCAGAUCCUCUACGCCUUCUUCAGCUACACGGAGAUCCUGAAGCGGGAACCAGGCAGCCUGGGUGCCCGCUGCUGGUCUCUGUAUGGCCGCUGUUACCUCCGUCACUUCAACGAGCUAGACCAUGAACUGCAGUCACGUCUCAGCAAAGGUUACAAGCCAGCUUCCAAAUAUAUGAACUGUUUCAUCUCCCCUCUCCUCACUAUUGUGGCCAAAAACGUGGCCUUCUUUGCUGGCUCCAUCCUGGCAGUGCUCAUUGCUCUCACCAUCUAUGAUGAAGACGUGCUGGCGGUUGAACACGUCCUGACCACAGUCACCCUUCUCGGGGUGGGCAUCACAGUGUGCAGGUCUUUCAUCCCCGACCAGCACCUGGUGUUUUGCCCUGAGCAGCUGCUGCGAGUCAUCCUGGCACACAUCCACUACAUGCCUGACCACUGGCAGGGCAAUGCCCACCGCUAUGAGACGAGGGAUGAGUUUGCCCAGCUCUUCCAGUACAAAGCGGUUUUCAUCCUGGAGGAGCUUCUGAGUCCCAUCAUUACCCCCCUGAUCCUCAUCAUCUGCCUGCGUCCCAAAUCCUUGGACAUCGUUGAUUUUUUCCGCAACUUCACCGUGGAGGUGGUAGGGGUGGGUGACACCUGCUCCUUUGCCCAGAUGGACGUGCGCCAGCAUGGCCACCCAGCGUGGAUGUCAGCAGGGAAGACGGAGGCCUCCAUUUACCAGCAGGCUGAGGACGGCAAGACGGAGUUGUCCCUCAUGCACUUUGCCAUCACCAACCCCAAGUGGCAGCCACCCCGUGAGAGCACGGCCUUCAUCGGCUUCCUGAAGGAACGGGUGCAGCGGGACAGCAGCAUGGCACUGGCCCAGCAGGCUGUGCUCCCUGAAAAUGCCCUCUUCAGUUCCAUCCAGUCCCUGCAGUCAGAGUCAGAGCCUCACAGCCUGAUUGCCAAUGUGAUAGCGGGCUCCUCAGUGCUGGGAUUCCACAUGGGCCGUGAUGGACAGGCCUCUCGUCAUCUCUCUGAAGUGGCUUCAGCCCUGCGUUCCUUCUCCCCACUCCAGUCUGCCCAGCAGACCUCUGGUGGCUUUCAGACAGCAGGAAGAGAUGGAGAGGGAACCCAGCCUCGUGGUUCCAGUGCCAUGACAGCCUCUGGUGCUGAUGCGAGGACUGUGAGCUCAGGGAGCAGCGCCUGGGAGGGUCAGCUGCAGAGCAUGAUCCUGUCAGAGUAUGCCUCCACUGAGAUGAGUCUUCACGCACUCUACAUGCAUGAGUUGCACAAGCAGCAUGCCCAGCUGGAGCCUGAGAGGCACACCUGGCACCGGCGAGAGAGUGAUGAGAGUGGUGAGAGCACCCAUGAGGAGCUGGAUGGUCAGCGAGGUGCCCCUGUCCCCCUGCCUCGCUCUGCCAGCUAUCCCUUCUCGUCACGGCAGCCUGCUGAGGAGACAGCCACGCUGCAGACGGGCUUCCAGCGACGCUAUGGUGGCAUCACAGACCCAGGCACAGUGCACAGAGCCCCAUCACACUUCUCCCGCCUCCCACUGGGAGGCUGGGCUGAGGACGGGCAGUCAGCAAGACACCCAGAGCCUGUGCCAGAGGAGAGCUCAGAGGAUGAGCUUCCACCGCAGAUCCACAAGGUAUAGCCUUGCAGACUGGGGAUCUUGUGGGGGUUGCAGACUGGGAGCCGCCUGGGCAGCAGGAUGCAGUGUCAGCCCGAUUCCUCUCCUAUCCCAAGGGGAUAGGGUGGCCAUGGGCUCCAUUUUGUUGCCAUCAAUUGCUGAUGAGACAAAACUGCCAGGCAAGCAGCUGUCCAGCCGUGUGUCAAGUCAACGCCACUCUGACUGUUGUGGGGUGAAUGCGUGUGUGAGUACAUACAUGUGUCUGUGUUCACAUCUGUGUCGUCCGUGUCGGAGGAUCGCUGCAGAGCCGGUGACAGCUGACGGGACUGGCAGCGGGGAGCUGUGGAUGGGCUCGGAGCCUGCAGCGGCAGCUGCUGUUUGAAGGGAUGUGACAAGGCAUGAGCUCCAGAUGUCCGCCCAAGAGCUGGGACCCGCCUCCAAAAUGAAAGAAGGGAGCUGGUGUCCUCCGGGGAUGGCUGACAGCAGCGGGAGCUGUCGGAGCUGCCUUGCUCAGCCUGUAGCAGUGCUGAAACCACACCUGCAGCCCUGGGGAAGUGCCGUGCGCCGCAUUCCACCUCACAGGACCAAUGUUGCACACCUCAGUCUGGAACGGAACAGCAGUGGGGCAGUCAGCCACCCCUCUCUGUGCACAUGCGUUUACUGUCCCGGCAUCCUGCAGCAGGAUGGUCCUCAGCCGCUACUGUGUGCUUUGAGUUGGGAACAGCUCUGCUGCAGCUCCUCCCCAGCUCCUGUGACAUCUGCCCUGUCCCAGGCAUGCGGGAAAGGGUCCAUGGAGUGGCAGACCUGGGUCUCUGUCCCUCCCCGCUGGCAGCCUCCAUGCUCGCCCUCUGGCUUGGGCUAGAGCAGCACUUCCUGCCCUGCACGGUGCUCAGGGGUUAUGAGCUGCUCCCAGGCCCUCUUGCAGUGCCAAAGAGCUGGUGCAGCCUGAUGUCCCCUGGGAGUGCACGCAGCCCGCUUGGAGCCCACAGUGAAGGUCUUGUGCUCUGUGUGCUGAUUCCCUUCCCCCAGGCAUCAUAAAGGCCUUUUUCCUAUGCCCAGUC